CGAUCCGUGACGGUGCCUCCUUCCCCCCCCCCUCCUGCUACCGGAUCGCCGCCCCUGGGCGCUUAGCACGGUGCCCCGCACUCCCCAAAUACGCCCCACCGCAUGAAGGACUGCGGAAGACCCCGUCCGUCCGUCCGUCCGUCCGUCCCCCUCAACACACCUCCAAUUUGGGGGGCCCAAAGAGAAGACCCGGUUGAACGGAUUGUCCCGCCCCCCGAGCUCCCCAGCCGUCCGGUUUCAAGGACAGUAAUGCCGCCUGGGAAGCGCCUACUACGUGCCAAGCCCUGUGCCAAGCGCUGCGUGUCUCUCCCCGGCCCUCGGACCCGACGCUUGAAGCCCCACCGACUUCUCAAAGCUCCGCCAACAACAGUCCGUCCCGGUGCAGCCGGGCUCCCUCCAUUCAUUGCUUCAUGAUUAUUAUUAUUAUUUUCCUCCCCGGGAAAACCGGGAAAAGACAAAGAACUCCAAACUCGGAUCGCCCCGGAGAUGCUUUAGGUUAAAGCGAUGGGAACUCACCUUUCCCUUGAGUCGGCUUGAAAGCCACAUUUUUUUCCCCCCCUGUUGGGGGACAAUUCACUUAAUGACUGACCGCUCCAUUAAUUGCUGUAUGAUUAUUUUUUUUCCCGGGAAAAUCCAGGUCCUCUUCAGGAAAAGACAAAGAACUCCAAACUCGGAUCGCCCCGGAGAUGCUUUAGGUCAAAGUGACGGGAACUCACGUUUCCCUUGAGUCGGCUUGAAAACCACAUUUUUUUUCCCCCCCGUUGGGGGACAAUUCAGUUUAUGACUGACCGCCCCAUUCAUUGCUUUAUGAUUAUUUUUUUUUCCCGGGAAAAUCCAGGUCCUCUUCAGGAAAAGACAAAGAACUCCAAACUCGGAUCGCCCCGGAGAUGCUUUAGGUCAAAGUGACGGGAACUCACGUUUCCCUUGAGUCGGCUUGAAAACCACAUUUUUUUUUCCCCCCCGUUGGGGGACAAUUCAGUUUAUGACUGACCGCCCCAUUCAUUGCUUUAUGAUUAUUUUUUUUUCCCGGGAAAAUCCAGGUCCUCUUCAGGAAAAGACAAAGAACUCCAAACUCGGAUCGCCCCGGAGAUGCUUUAGGUUAAAGCGAUGGGAACUCACCUUUCCCUUGAGUCGGCUUGAAAGCCACAUUUUUUUCCCCCCCUGUUGGGGGACAAUUCACUUAAUGACUGACCGCUCCAUUAAUUGCUGUAUGAUUAUUUUUUUUCCCGGGAAAAUCCAGGUCCUCUUCAGGAAAAGACAAAGAACUCCAAACUCGGAUCGCCCCGGAGAUGCUUUAGGUCAAAGUGAUGGGAACUCACCUUUCCCUUGAGUCGGCUUGAAAGCCACAUUUUUUUUCCCCCUGUUGGGGGACAACUUAUUUUAUGACCAACCGCUCCAUUCAUUGCUUUGUGAUUAUUAUUUUCCCCCCCGGGAAAAUCCAGGUCCUCUUCAGGAAAAGACAAAGAACUCCAAACUCGGAUCGCCCUGGAGAUGCUUUAGAUCAAAGUGGUGGGAACUCACCUUUCCCUUGAGUCGGCUCGAAAGCCACAUUUUUUUCCCCCUGUUGGGGGACAAUUCAGUUUAUGACUGACCUCCGUUUUGGAAGAUCCGCGACCCUCUUCUUGGAAAGGGCGGCCCAUCGGUACUUUAUGGGGCAACAGCCUGGAAAAGUUCUUGGGGACCAGAGGCGACCAAGUUUGCCCGCCCUGCACUUUAUCAAAGGAGCGGGGAAGAAGGAGCCAUCGAGGCACGGAGGUCCACCCUGCAAUGUCUUUGUGGAACAUGAAGCCCUUCAGAGGCCAGUAGCAUCUGAUUUUGAACCCCAAGGACUGAGUGAAGCAGCUCGUUGGAACUCUAAGGAAAAUCUUCUUGCUGGUCCCAGUGAAAAUGACCCUAACCUUUUUGUUGCACUCUAUGAUUUUGUGGCCAGUGGAGACAACACUCUAAGCAUCACUAAAGGCGAAAAGCUCCGCGUCCUGGGCUACAAUCACAACGGGGAAUGGUGCGAAGCCCAGACCAAGAACGGGCAAGGGUGGGUCCCCAGCAACUACAUCACCCCCGUGAAUAGUUUGGAAAAACAUUCUUGGUACCACGGACCGGUCUCCCGCAAUGCAGCCGAGUACCUGCUGAGCAGCGGAAUCAAUGGGAGUUUUCUGGUGCGGGAGAGCGAGAGCAGUCCAGGCCAGAGGUCUAUAUCAUUGAGAUACGAGGGAAGGGUUUACCACUACAGGAUCAACACUGCAUCCGACGGAAAGCUGUACGUCUCCUCGGAGAGUCGCUUCAACACUCUGGCAGAGUUGGUCCACCACCACUCAACGGUAGCAGAUGGAUUGAUCACCACUUUACAUUACCCGGCUCCCAAGCGGAACAAGCCCACCAUCUAUGGAGUGUCUCCCAACUACGAUAAGUGGGAAAUUGAGCGGACAGAUAUCACCAUGAAGCACAAGUUAGGAGGCGGGCAGUAUGGAGAAGUAUACGAAGGCGUAUGGAAGAAAUACAGCCUGACGGUGGCUGUGAAAACCUUAAAGGAGGACACUAUGGAGGUGGAAGAGUUCCUGAAAGAAGCUGCAGUGAUGAAAGAGAUCAAGCAUCCUAACUUGGUACAACUACUAGGGGUCUGUACCCGGGAGCCCCCGUUCUAUAUAAUCACCGAGUUCAUGACCUAUGGGAAUCUGUUGGAUUACCUGCGAGAGUGUAACCGGCAGGAGGUGAACGCUGUUGUGCUACUGUAUAUGGCCACUCAGAUCUCCUCAGCUAUGGAGUACCUGGAGAAGAAAAACUUCAUCCACAGGGAUCUGGCUGCCCGAAACUGCCUUGUAGGGGAAAACCACUUGGUGAAGGUAGCAGAUUUUGGUUUGAGCAGAUUAAUGACAGGGGACACCUACACCGCCCACGCUGGGGCCAAGUUCCCGAUCAAAUGGACGGCACCGGAAAGCCUGGCCUACAAUAAAUUUUCCAUUAAGUCGGAUGUGUGGGCAUUUGGUGUGUUGCUAUGGGAAAUCGCCACUUACGGCAUGUCCCCUUAUCCUGGGAUUGAUCUGUCACAAGUGUACGAGCUGUUGGAAAAAGACUAUCGAAUGGAGCGUCCUGAAGGCUGCCCGGAAAAGGUCUAUGAACUCAUGAGAGCAUGUUGGCAGUGGAGUCUUUCCGACCGACCCUCCUUUGCUGAAAUCCACCAAGCUUUUGAAACAAUGUUCCAGGAGUCCAGUAUAUCAGACGAGGUGGAGAAGGAGCUGGGAAAGAAAGGAAUACGAGGUGUGGUUAGUAACUUGCUGCAGGCUCCGGAACUGCCAACCAAAACCAGGACAUCCAGGAGAGCAGCCGAAAACCGAGAUGCGAACGAAACACCUGAAGCCCCUAAUCCCAGAGGCCCAGGAGAAUGUGAUCCGCUGGACCACGAGCCUCCCGUGUCUCCGCUGCUCCCCCGGAAAGAAAGAACGCCCCAGGACAGUGGGCUGAAUGAAGACGAGCGCCUCCUUCCAAAAGACAAGAAGACCAACCUGUUCAGCGCCUUAAUCAAGAAGAAGAAGAAAACGGCCCCGACGCCGCCAAAACGCAGCAGUUCCUUCCGGGAGAUGGACGGCCCCGCGGACCGCAAGGCAGGAGGGGAGGAAGAGACCCGAGACCUCAUUAACGGGGCCUGCAGCGGCCCUCCCUCGGACGCGGCCGAUGCGACUAAGUUCCAGAGCCCGAGCAACGGGGCGGGCCUCCCCAACGGGAGCGUGUCGGCCAACUCGGGCUUCCGAUCUCCUCACUUAUGGAAAAAGUGCAGCACGCUCACCAACAGCCGGUUGGCGGCCAACGAGGAAGAGACUAACUCCAACUCGAGCAAACGCUUCCUGAGGUCCUGUUCCGCGUCCUGCGUGCCCCACGGGGCCAAGGACACCGAGUGGCGGUCCGUCACCCUGCCCCGGGAUCUGUCCACCGGGCGGCAGUUCGACUCCUCCACGUUCGCCGGCCACAAAAGCGAAAAGCCGGCCUUGCCCCGGAAGCGGACGAGCGAGACCAAGACCGAAGUCGCCGCCCGGGGCACGGUGACCCCCCCGCCCCGGCUGCUGAAGAAGAACGAAGAAGCGGCCGACGACGUCUUCAGGGACGCCGAGUCCAGCCCCGGCUCCAGUCCUCCCAGCCUGACGCCCAAACUCACCCGUAGGCAGAUCGCGAUGGCGCCUUCCUCCAGCCUGACCCACAAGGACGAGCCCGGAAAGGCCCCUGCGGCCUUGGGGACCCCCGGGACCGCUGACCUCCUGGCGCCAGUCAGCAAGAACUCGCCCGGCGCCUUCGUAGGGAACAGCAAAGCCUCCGCCGAGGAGUCCAGGGCGAGGAGGCCCAAGCACGCUUCGGAGUCGGCGGGAAAGGACAAGGGGAAAUUAUCGAAGCUCAAACCUGCUCCGCCACCCCCACCAUCCUCUGGGGGCAAGUCCGGGAAGCACUGCCACAGCCUCAGCCACGAAACGGCAGGGGACCCGGGGCCCGGGACCAAAUCCAAACAGCCGUCUCAGGCGGCCGACCCGGCGAACGGCGAAGCCGCCAAGCCAAACCAGGUAGGGGAAGGGACCAAAAAGCCCGUCCUCCCUUCGGCCCCCAAGCUGCAGUCGUCGGCUAAGCUGUUGCUCUCUUCCUCAACGACUCCGGCCCCCUCGCCCUCCACCGUGCCAUCCGCUUCCUCCGCUCUAGGAGGGGACCAGCAGUCUUCCACCGCCUUCAUACCUCUCAUAUCCACCCGAGUGUCCCUGCGGAAAACCCGCCAGCCCCCAGAGAGGAUUGCCAGCGGCACCAUCACAAAGGGGGUGGUUUUGGAAAGCACGGACGCCUUGUGCCUGGCCAUCUCCAAAAACUCCGAGCAAAUGGCCAGCCACAGCGCGGUGUUGGAAGCGGGCAAGAACCUCUAUACGUUCUGCGUGAACUACGUGGACUCCAUCCAGCAGAUGAGAAACAAAUUCGCCUUCCGAGAGGCCAUCAACAAAUUGGAAAACAACCUCCGGGAGCUGCAGAUCUGCCCCGCCACCGCUGGCGGGGGCCCCGCGGCCACCCAAGACUUUAGCAAACUCCUCAGCUCGGUCAAAGAAAUCAGUGACAUCGUUCAGAGGUAGCAAAAGCCAGCGGC